CUCGCAUUUGGGUAUCGUCGCUUGGGGGUACGGUCACUGCUCCCUCUUAUGUUUAUUAAAUUGUAGAAAGCUCAGUUUGUCUGGAGGUUUGUGUUUAUUUAUGGUUAAGGGAGCUGCCAUACUAUUAUUCUCCUUCAUAGACUCCUGAGGCACAGUGGGCUCCAGUUGCUAUAUUGUUAUGAUGCAUGUUGGAAGGAGCUAGUUACAGUCUUAACCUAUCACCUUCCCUUUCACUGCCAUUCCAGAGCCCAACUCUCAGUCAGGCUGCAGUUAUGGAGCCGGAGCUUUCAGACCGCUAUGACCAUGCUCUGCUGGGAAUUUUGCAGCAUGUAGGGAACAUCCAGGACUUUUUAAAUAUCUAUUUUGGCUUCUUGUAUCGCAAGACGGACUUCUACAGGCUCCUCCUCAACCCUCAGGAUCGCCUUGGAUUCCCCCCAGGAGCUGCUCAGGCCAUGGUAAUGCAGACUUUUAAAACCUUUGAGAGGCUGGCACUGAAGGACCAUGAGCAGAGGGUGUGUGACCUGCAGGAGAAACUGAAAAAGAAGGAAGAGAAGGAGGCAGACACUGAGGCUGCACCACCCCCAGUCCAGGAAGUCAUCAUUGAGACUCCUGCAGAGGAGGCAACACUGGAACAAGACAAAGCAGAAGAAGAGCCACAACAAAUAGAUACAAAAGGAAGAGCAGAAGGACGAGAAACCAGUGAAGACUGCGCAGGACAAGCAGCUGCUGAGCCCAAGGAACAAGAAGACUACCAAGCUGACCCUGACAGUUACAAUGGAGCCAUAAGAAAGAAUUAUGUUUGGUCUCAGGAUUACACAGAUGUGGAAAUUAAAGUUCCAGUGCCUAAAUCUGUAAUAAAAGGUCGGCAGGUGUCAGUGGACCUGCGCAGUAGCUGUAUUCGUGUGGCGGUGAGAGAAGGAGGAGGGGAACGUGUUCUGGUGGAGGGAAGCUUUACUCACAAAAUAAAUGCAGAGACCUCUCUCUGGAGUCUGGAACCUGGAAAGUGUAUUGUGAUCAGCUUGAGUAAGUGUGGCGAGGUUUGGUGGAAUGCCGUAUUGGAAGAUGAAGAAAAGAUUGACAUAGACAAGAUCAACAAAGAACGCAGCAUGGCUACUGUGGAUGAUGAGGAACAUGCUGUUUUGGACCGACUAACAUUUGAUUAUCACCAGAAGUUGCAGGGGAAGCCUCAAAGCCAUGAGUUGAAAGUGCAUGAAAUGCUAAAGAAAGGAUGGGAUGCAGAGGGAUCACCAUUCAAAGGUCAGAAUUUUGAUCCAAGCAUGUUCAACGUCUCGCCAGGGGCUGUUCAGUUCUGAGCUCAAUGGACACACACUGGAAAUCCUCGGUGCCCUGGCUUCAGUUUGCUGAUUCACAGCUGGGAUACGAUGCCUUUUAUUAACCAAGUUUUAUGUCUUUUGGUAAACAUUUGACUUUGGUGCUUGCUGAGACUGGAUGAAUUUCUGUGUGAACUCGACAUUUACACAUUUGCAGUUACACAUGCAAAUGAUUUGCUCUGUAUGAGGAGGGAUAUGGUCAAUCUGUAUUAAUCAUAACAAACCAUACCAUGCAUUGGCUCCAGGGGUUACAUCCUCUUCUACUGGUAAUGUCACUUAGCAUGAAACUUGCUAAACUUUUAUUCCCUUAGAGGAGACAUAUAUCCAUCUGUUUAAUUUUUCUGUUUAUUUCACAGUUUUUAUACUGCUUAUAUCAUGAAUGUGUAACAGGAGCAUCCUUUACUGUGCUCUCUGGGUGCUGGGCAGACAGAAUAGCAAAAAAGCUUGUUUUUCUGAAGCGAGAAGUAUUUCCUGAUGCUUCUCUGCACAGUUCUGUAGCUUCUGUCACACUAAGUAAUAGAACUGAGCAGAACAGUAGAGGGUGACCCCUUUACACAUAAUGAUAUUUGCAGUGUGCAAACUACUAACAUAAAAAAGUUCAUGUAAAUGAAAAAAAAAUGCUCAGAAGCAGAAUUUGACAUUGUUUUAUGGAUGGGUGUAUGUCCCCUUUAAUUGUAAUAUUUAGCAGGUAGAUGGGGAGCGCACUGGAUCAAAAAUGAUCUCAUAAAGCAGUUUACAGAUGUCCGUCCCACAUGACAUGAAUAAAACAACAUAUUUAUAAAUCGUUUGAAGCUUUCUCUAUGGGUAAGAUUGUAUCCAUAAACAUAGUAUAUGAACCAUAUUGUUUAAAAUUGUGUUUACAUGUAUUUAAAGGGGAAAGCCACAGUUUUGUUUAGUUUGGGUCAAUAAAUAAGAAUUGCGUUGGAAAUGUA